AAAUGUUUGAUGUUUGGAUAAAAUGUAAAUAUAAUAAUAAUAAUAAUAAUAAUAAUAAGCUUGUCCCAAUAUUGCAGCAGCUGGAAUUCAACCUCCACAACGAUGGUUUGAUCAUCAACACCAAUCUUUAUCUCAAAUUGCAUCUAAUCGUGAAUGGGCUGUGUUUGCGUUAAGCCCACCGCCGCCUCCGCGGCGACGGGGAAUCGGAAUCCACGGCCAAGCAGGUUUCCCACCACGGCGUCGGCGCCGCCAAGCUGGUUUUCCGGUGAUCAAAAUACUACUGUCCAAGUCCACAGUUCACCCAAAUUUCGAGGAGGCAAGAUGAACCAUACCCCUAACCACCCAGGCGCUUGGACGGUCCCCGGAGCCACCGCUGGCGAGCACAUCGCCGCCGGUUGGCCUCCGUGGCUGGCGGCGGCGGCCGCCGGCGAAGCUGUCAGAGGAUGGGUUCCCAGAAAGGCCACAUCUUUCGAAAUAUUAGAAAAGGUUGGUCACGGUACUUACAGCACAGUAUACCGCGCCCGCGAUCUCGAAUAUGGCGGGAAGCUAAUGGCAUUAAAGAAAGUAAAGUUCGACAGCUACGAUACCGACAGCGUUGGCUUCAUGGUUCGGGAGAUCGUCGUCCUCCGCCGCCUCGACCACCCGAACAUCAUCAAGCUAGAGGGCCUUAUUACAUCAAGAAUGUCUACAAAUCUCUACCUUGUCUUCAAUUACAUGGACCAUGACUUAUCCGGGCUGUCGUCGCGGCGGCCGUUGCCCGAGCUGCAGAUUAAGCUUUACAUGAAACAGCUCUUCCUCGGCCUCGAUCACUGCCACGGCCGCGGCGUUCUUCAUCGAGACAUAAAAGGAUCGAAUCUUUUGAUCGGUGGCGAUGGAGAGCUUAAAAUAGCCGACUUUGGGUUAGCUAGUUUUGUCGAGAGUCGCCCCAUGACGAGCCACAUCGUCACUCUGUGGUACCGGGCGCCCGAGCUGCUACUCGGGGCAACGCAUUACGGUCCCGCCGUCGAUUUGUGGAGCGCCGGCUGCAUACUGGCGGAGUUGUACGCCGGCGCGCCUAUUAUGCCGGGAAGAAAUGAGGUAGAGCAGUUGCACAAGGUCUUUAAACUCUGCGGAUCGCCUUCGGAGGAGUAUUGGGCGGCGUCGAAGUUGCCGAAUGCUACGAUCUUCAAGCCUCGACAGCGGUAUAAGCGGCGUGUUGCGGAAAUAUUCAAGGAUUUUCCGGCACCGGCCUUAGCACUCGUGCAACGGCUCCUCGCCGUUGAUCCUGCCGAUCGUGGAUCGGCAGCAUCCGCCUUAAAGAGCAAGUUUUUCCGGACAACUUCACAUUCCGAAAAAGUGAUCGAUACGAAGGUCCGAAGCAAGACAAGAGGAUUACGGCGCGAGUCUCUCCCCGUCGCUCUGAUUGAAUACAUUCCAAGUAAGCAAUCAGUUGGGGCUUUCGGGGCAAAGGCUAGAAAGGACAUCAUCGGAGGCGACCGGAGAAGGAUUGGCGCGGAUGCGGGUGAUCUAUCCGGCACAUUGUCCAAUUCGGUUGGUCCGAGGACUAUGAUGUCGGAAGAUUUUCGACAUAUAGGACCGAUGUCAAUACAUGGUCCGAGGCUAAAUACUAGGUUUCUAGGAGUAGCAAAAUCUACGACGAGGCAAAAUGGCGGAGAGAUGGAUAAUGCGAGUGUUGAUCGUCGGCGGCGCUGCGGAGCUGACGGAUCCGCCGCCGGCGAUCGACGCCGAAAUGGCGGCUGUGGAUCGAAUAAGAACCAAAUUUGAUACUCGGGGCCGCUGUUAGCUGAUCUAUUGUUUAAAGAUAUUAAUGAUUUUGGUAUCGAAAAAAUUGUUGGAGGUCAAGUGGGUAAAUAAGAAAAGCAUUGUUGGUUUUAUUUAGUGUGUUUGUUCGGAAU